CCUCGUAGCCGUGGCCGCUCUGGAAGCUGCCGGAAGCUGCGAUUCCCGCAGCGGAAGAGGCGCGACUUCUGACUCGCUAUGUCCGCGAACAAUAUGUCGGACCCACGGAGGCCCAACAAAGUGCUGAGGUACAAGCCCCCACCGAGUGAGUGUAACCCAGCCCUGGAUGAUCCGACACCAGACUACAUGAACCUGCUUGGCAUGAUCUUCAGCAUGUGCGGCCUCAUGCUCAAGCUGAAGUGGUGUGCUUGGGUCGCUGUCUACUGCUCCUUCAUCAGCUUUGCCAACUCCCGGAGCUCUGAGGACACGAAGCAGAUGAUGAGUAGCUUCAUGCUGUCCAUCUCUGCCGUGGUGAUGUCAUAUCUGCAGAACCCUCAGCCCAUGACGCCCCCCUGGUGAUGUCAGCCUAGAGGGGUCAUGUCCUGGGCCUCUCUAGCCACCUUGCCCUAGGCCUCACCUGUGGCUGCUCAGCCUCCUGCCGUCAGCUGCAGUGCUGGGCUUCCCUGGGCGAGGCAGUCUCUGGGCCUGCAGCUGGACGGAGGGAACCUGGCCCUAACCCUGGGAUCCCACGGCUGCUGGAGCAGAGAGGAAUCCCCUGGGUUUACCCCCCUCCAUCCCCACCUUCUUUUCCUACCCUUCCUACUCCCAGGGGAGACGCUGUCUGUUUCUAGGUGUACCCACUCAUUUUCUUGUUGAAAUCCAUUAAUAAAGUUUUGCAUUUGGGCUGUUC